CCUCGCUCCAAAUGGCAAAACUGCCCCUCUCCGCCUCUCGCCGCCCUCCUUCCAAGCCGCUGCUGCCGCCACCGGCGCUUUAACUCUCCGCGCCGAGGGAAGGGCGCCCGCCGGCAGCCGCGUCCAGGUCCUCGGGUCAGUUUCCUGCGCCAGAAAAAAUGAAGUGUUGAAAAAAGUUUCUCCUGCUUCACUGUACCUGGUGGCGAACAGGAAUAAGAAGACCGAGGAAGCCAAGAUCUUCUGGUAGAAAGCAGCAAAAUCCAGUUUCCCCCCUUUCCCCCCCCCCCAAAAAAGAGAGAAAGCUCUGAAAGUUUCUAGCUGCAAACACACCUUUCUGAGAUUACAGAUUUAUCCCUCCACACCCUUUCAUUGUCAACGGACUAUGAAGAUUGACAAGCUGCUCUGGACCAGUGCAGAGAAGAGAGACCGAUCCGGUGCAGGGGAGGCUUCAGAGAAGAGUGGCAGGGAGGGCUGAGCGCUGACACUUGGCUGCCAGAUGCUACAGCAGCGAAGGAAAUAGGCAGGAAAUCUUGUGGCCCCAGGAGCCGGUGAUGGGGACUGGCUUGUGCACCAGGAGGCAAAAGGGCCUGUUGCAAACUGGAUUUUGCCUUGUGGCCCUGGCCUGCCUGGGCUCCGGAGCUUUUCUGUACAACCAUCUCCAGCAGAAGGUGAAGGCAGCAGAGGCUCUGGCUUUGAAAUACAAACAGCAACAAGAGGCGCUUUCUGCUCAGCUGCAAGUUGUUUAUGAACACAGAUCGCGGCUAGAACGGUCUUUGCAAAAAGAACGAGGGGAACAUAAGAAGACAAAAGAAGAUUUUUUAGUAUACAAACUAGAAGCUCAGGAAGCCCUUAACAAAGAAAAGCAAGAUUCCAUGAACAGAUACGGUGCUCUGAGUUCCCAGCAUAAGAUACUGAAGAACCAGCACGAAGACGUUAAGAAGCAGCUCCUUGAUUUGCAGCUGCAACACAAUGGGUUGAAAUUGGAGCAUCGUAAGGCGCUGGAAACCCACAGCCAGAAAUAUUCGCAGCUCCAGCGGGAGAAAGAAAUGGAAGUCGUUGGUUUGCAAGAUACGGUCUACAAACUCCGGGAGGAGAGCAAACUGCUUCGAAAGGCCCACCAGGAUGUCCACUCGCAACUUCUCAGUGCUCAGGCCCAAAUGGACGAGUUCAGACAGCUCAAAGAAACACUUCAAAAGAUGCCAAGUUUCAAGGAAGUGGGAGCAGCCAACGGGCAGCACCAACCGGUCCUGAAAGAGCGGUCCCAAGGACCAGCCCCGGGCCUGCUGCAGCUGCCCCAAGAGAAGGCCUCUGCAGGCGAUGAAGCAAAACAACCCCUCGGCCCCCUAGAACAGGCUGCCCCUCCCAGAGAGAUCGCCCUUGUAGCUCAGGUUCCGGAUACCAAACACCAGGAAGAAAAGAACCUUCCUCGAGGCCAAGUUUCUCAAGGCAACGAUGGACCCAGGCUGCAGGACAAUGUGCCACCAGGCCAGUUGGCACCCCCCCACGAAGCUCGCCUGCCUCUGGCACUUUGGCCUCCGCCAGGCCAAAGGGACAGCCACGUCAUCCGUUUCACAAGGACGGUGAACAGCCUGCAGAGCCCGAGCCAGGAUCAAAAGGUAAUGAAGAUUAUGCAAGGAGAAAGUGUAGAAAAAGCGAAUUCUCCAAGGAUUGCGCAUGGCUACAAACUCCAGUCUGCUUUGGAAAAAGCACAGGCUUUGGAGAAAGAACCCUCCAGGGGAAACGAGCGUGAGCCCGAGGUGCAGAGCUGGCAAGACAUCGUGAACAAAGUGAAUGCCCAGAUGGAUGAGGAACAAGCGCCCGGGCACCCUCAAAGCCUUCACCUGCCUGCCAGAGCUGAGCAAACGCUGUCAAAUCGCAAUCGAAUGCUAACCGGUCAACAGCGAGGGGCUGAACGGCAACCGCGAGCUGACUGGGAAACUGGGAAAGGAGGAACUGAUGAUGAGGAACUUCAAAUGGAUGCUGGUAUGAUUGAGAGAGAAGAGAAUUCACAUCCUCGGAAGGAAUCGGUCCUCCAGGAACCAAUGGUACCUGACGAUGCUGCAGACCCUGCCCAGGACCCCAACAAUCAAGGAGAAGACGAGUUUGAAGAGGCAGAGCUGGAGCGGCCUGACUUCGAAGAGAAAGCAGGCCAAGCUGGUCAACUUGGCCAUACCGACCAACCAGCUAAAGAUGCCACAAAAGAGAAGAUCCAAACGAAUGUUGUUGGACAAAGAAAGGCUGCAGACGAUCUGAUGGACGAUUAUCAAGAAGACCAAGAGCAAGACAUGGAGGAUCAUGGAGGCGAGGUGGAAGAUGCUGACGACCUAGAGCUGGCCCAAGGAGCCAAAGGCCACGCAGAAGGAGCCAAAAAGAAAGACGAUUACUACUGAGGAUUUUGGCAGCCUGGGGGAGACCAGGGAAGAACCUGAAAGGAAGACCUGGCCUGUAGCUGUUACAGUGGAACUGGGCUCAUUGCUUGAGCCAAAAUCCUGAAGGAAGAUAACACUGACAACGCAAACACGAAAGUCUCCUUGUGUCCAUAAAGCAAGUCCAGGUGGGCAUAAAAGGACAGACAUGCUCUCUGACUAUCAGACCCUUCCCCCCCCUCUCUCUGUGGUUUCUCAGAGGAGGGGCGCUUGAAAAAUCAAGGUUUCUCUUUGGAUGAUUGCCCCCCUCCCUGUUUCAGAAUUAUUUUUUAAGAUUUGAGACGUGGGGAGCAGCUGACUUUGUACAACUCCAUUCCCCUUGGGCUGCUUGCAUCGACCUUUUCCUGUACUCCUGGACUCACUCGACCGCUCUUUAAUGCAAGCUCUGUCCGUCUUUAUAUAUAAAAAUGAAUCCUUUUGGUAAUGAGGUCUUCCUACAUUGUCAGCCGUUUUGUUCUGGGCAGGGGGAGCGGAGCAAAUGUUCCCAGUACUUGUUCUUCCGAUGGGAAAUGGCCACAAAUCAUAGGCCUGCUGAGACACAGCAGAUUUAUAGCAUGCUCCAAAACAGGCUUCUUUAGAAGUCAGGAGUCCAGUGGGUCUUUUUCCCAAAUAAGUGCCUAAUUGGAAGGACCCUAGGGUCUUGGAAAAGCUUUUCUCUCUUGGUAAAAUAGAUCAGAUGGGGGCCUAGUUGCUCUGCCUGGAUGCUUGGGGCUAAAUCCACCGUAAAGUGCUUGCAAAAUAUGUAACCACUGCCGCCUAUGGGUUUUUUUUAAAGAGUGGCAGGUCUCUUAAACAUUUUGGACAGAGAGAUUCAACUCGCUCUGCCAACUAUCCAGCAAGCCAAACGACGGAUCCUCUGCUCGCUCAGUAGCUUUCCCAAUAAGCACUGUUCAUGUAAACAGAGGCAAGAUGGGAGAGAGGAGUUAGAGUCUCUCUGCAUGAGACGUCUAACAUGUGAAGAACACGUGUCGUGGGAUGCAACGGUAGCCGGGAAAGGUAGUUUAAGAAGACAGAGCCGGCGGCAGGGCAAAGGCUUGAUAUACACUGGCCGUGUGUGAAGGGGCUGUGAAAUGCCAGAAGGGAAACUUCAGCCCAUUAGAACCUCUCCAGGUCCAAGCCCAGCUCUGGAAGGCAGCUCCAACCCAUUUCCAUUCCUCGCUGCCCUCUGGUUGCCAUCCCACACAGUUUUAGACUGGAGAGGUGAAAUUGACAGAGCCUUCCAGGAGGGGAAGAUGAAAUUAACAAACUCUGCUGGCUCUUUUAAAACUACACUUCCCAGCUAACAUUGCGUCUCCCUACACUUGACGAACACGUGCCCAGGCAUCCUGUGUAGAGAGACUCUUAGUUCCCCACCCCCAAAAUCAGGUCUGUUUUACAAAUAAAUUGUUUAUGGUUAUUAACAAAACAUGAAAAAAAGAAUUGCUGCCAAGGGAAAUAAAGAAAAUGGUUGCGUCUUGCUUCUAA